AUGCAUCUUCUUGAUUUGCCUACGGAAUUGCUGCUUUUAGCUGCUCAUUUUCUCGACGCAGAAAGAGACAUUAACUCGUUGGCUCAAACCAACCGCCGGGUUUAUUCUCUCCUCGACCCAUACCUAUAUCAACGCAAUUCGCAGAACUCUGGGAGUUCCGCGCUGUUGUGGGCCGCCCAACGAGGGAGUGAGGCGACGGCUCGAAUCUGCGUUUUGGAAGGAGCUAAUGUUGAGGCGUUUGAUAACGUCGGCAGAACACCACUAUCCUGGGCUGCGUCAAAUGGCUCUGAGGCAGUGACCGAGCUGUUACUUGCGACUGGGCGGGUGGAUGUCGACUCGAAGGACUCUAACGGUGACACGCCAUUAUCGUGGGCUGCGUGGGGGGGUCACGCGGCAGUGGUCAAGCUGUUACUAGAGACUACGCGGGUGGAUGUCGACUCGAAGGACCGCUUCGGCCGCACACCAUUAACUGAAGCUGCGUCAUAUGGGCAUGAGGCAGUAGUGAGGCUUUUACUUUCAACAAAGCGGGUAGACGUGGAUUCUAAGGACUCUGAGGGUUGCACGCCGUUAUACCGGGCUAUAUUGCGUGGGCACGAGGCCGUAGUAAGCAUAUUGCUUGAGACUAGGCUGGUGGACGUCAAUUCAAAGAACUCCUUUGGUUGGACGCCAUUGUCUCAGGCUGCGUCGGAUGGGCAUGAGGCAAUAGUGAAGCUGUUACUUGCGACUGGGUUAGCUGACGUGGACUCAAAAGAUUCUGGCGAUGGCACACCAACACCAUUGUCUUGGGCUGCGCCAGGGGGCCACGAGGCAGUGGUGAGGCUGUUACUAGCGACGAGGAGGGUCGAAGGACUCCGCCGAUCAAACACCAUCGUUUAG